GUGCUUGUUGCUCAAUAAUUUUCCAUUUGAAAUUGUGACAAAUUAAAUUCCAAUUUGUUCUUAUAAUCAAAAGUGAUGGCAAAUUUUUUCCCAUUAACCAUCAAAAGAAAAAAGAUUUUGCUAUCAUUUUAACUUGAUAAUCGCAAUUGGCCGGUUUGUGGUUUUUUUUCUGGGCUCCGUUUGCCAUUUGUCAACAAGAUUGUUGUCAUGUGUGCCAAUUUUUUUUUUGAAUAUGUUGAUCAUAUGUCACCGAUUUUGGUGAUAUAAAUCUUGUCAUCAUUAAAACCGUCAAAAAUUAUUAAUUUAUUUAUUAUUACUAUGGUCACUAUGGCAUUCAAAUAACGAUGGUGAUAAUCAUCAAAUUUUACUUAUAAUUUUGGCAUUGCCAAUCAAGGCAUAGUCAUGAUUUGCCAUUAUAUCAACGUCUAAGUUAUUCUGUUUAAAAACCAGCCUGAACCAAUAAGGCUAAAGUUCAUCAAAACAUACCAUGAAUCAUCGAUCAUAAAUUCAACAUGCUAAACACAUUGGUUGAAUAGCCAAAUACCAUUAUUUUGAACCUUCAUCAAUUUUUUCGUGUCAUAGCGCAAUCAAAAGGGAAUUUUCAUCCAAUAACACAACAACAACAUCCGUAUACUACGACCAAUAUAGAUUUUCCGACCAAAUUUUCUUUUUCGAUCAAUUUUUUAGUAUUCAUCAACAAGAUGGCCAACGCCAAAUCUGGUGUUCAUGUUAUGCAAUUGAAACCAAUAUCAGUUCCUAAAAGUUUAAUUGAUGGUUGCAAAUUUGUCAAAUGGGACGAAGAUACUGCUAUUGGUGUUCCGGUUAUUUUAAAAGUUGACAAAAAAGGAUUUUUCCUUUAUUGGACCGAUCAAAACGGCGAAACUGAAUUAUUGGAAAUAUCCAGCAUCAGAGAUACAAGAACCGGAAAAUAUGCUAAAACACCAAAAAAUGAUGGAAAACUCAAAGAAUCAAUCAACAUUGGACCACAAGAAGUUACAUUAGAGGAUAAGACCUUGACUGUCGUUUAUGGAACCGAUUUUGUCAACGUAAAUUUUAUCAAUUUUUGUACCUAUUCAAAAGAAAUAGCUCAAGAAUGGACCAAUGAGAUAUUGAAAAUAGCCUAUAACUUAUUGGCAAUCAACGCAUCAGUCUAUACAUUCCUUGAAAAAGCUCAUACAAAAUUAUUUUUAAUGUCCGAUCGUGAUCGGAAAUUACCUGUAAAAUACAUCAUGAAAAUGUUCGCCAAUCAUAAAGAUGAUCGUAAAAAAAUUGAAAAAGCACUUGAAUCAUGUUCACUAUCAUCCGCCAAAAAUGAUACAAUUUCGUUGGAAAAAUUCGACAUGAAUACAUUUUUCGAUUUCUACAAAUAUCUAAUCGGUAGAAAUGAAGUGUUGGAAAUUUUCGAAAAAAUAUGUGGUGAUCAUACAUUUGGCGACAUUAAAGUCAUGACUGUAGAGCAAUUUGUUCAAUUUUUAAAUAAAGAACAACGUGAUCCUCGACUAAAUGAAAUUCUUUAUCCAUAUGCGAAUCGUUCCCGUGGAAUGGAUCUUAUUGAACAGUAUGAACCAGAUAUACAGAUCGCUCAGAAAGGAUUCUUAUCGUUUGAUGGAUUUCUUCGUUAUCUUAUGAGUGAUGAUAAUGCCAUCAUCCCGUCCGAAAAGUUUGAUUUAAAUAGCGACAUGGAUCAACCUUUGAGUCAUUAUUUUAUCAAUUCGAGCCACAACACUUAUCUGACUGGUCAUCAAUUGACGGGCAGAUCUUCUGUAGAAAUAUACCGCCAAUGUCUUCUCGGUGGAUGCCGUUGUAUCGAGCUCGAUUGCUGGAACGGUCGAUCUGAUGAUGAACCUAUUAUUACACAUGGAUACACCGUAGUAACAGAUGUUCCUUUAAAAGAAGUUCUUGAAGCAAUAGCAGAAAGUGCUUUCAAAACCUCUCAUUACCCUGUAAUUCUUUCAUUUGAGAAUCAUUGCUCAAACAAACAACAGUUGGCUAAAAUGGCAAAAUAUUGUCGGCAAAUAUUCGGUGAAAUGCUUCUCACCGAACCACUGCCGAGCCAUCCCCUUAAACCAGGUGUACCAUUGCCAUCACCGAAUCUAUUAUUAAAAAAGAUAAUCAUCAAAGACAAAAAAGAACAUAAACAUAGUCGUCGUAAAAGCAAGAAUAUGGCUUCAAACCAUGAAGAAUCAAACAUUUCCACAGCAACUUCAUUUGAUGAAGUCCGUCCAGAAAAUACAAAUCAAGCAAGUAUUGGCGGAUCGAACAAGCAGCAGAAUCAGCAACAACAAUCGAGUUCGUCAACUAGCCAACAGAAAACAACUGAUCUCGAAACUAAUGUCAAUGAAAAUCAUUCAAAUGAUAUGAAUUCAAGCUCUGAUUUGACCAACAAAAACUAUAGCUGUGAUAUGGAAGAUCCAGAAAGCGGUGAUUCCAGUUCCGACGAUGAUGAUGUAAUGAAUGAAGAGCAAUCCAUUUCAACCGAUCUUCCAGUUGCCAAAGAAACGACAGAUUCCCCCUUUAUAUACCGAUCUGAAAUGUCACAAUUGGUUAUAUACGUUCAACCCAUACAAUUUAGAGCAUUCGAUAUGGCCGAAAAAAGAAACAGAAGCUUUGAAGUGUCAUCAUUCGAUGAAACGCAGAGCACUAGUUUAUUGAAAGAACAACCGGUCGAUUUUGUAAACUAUAACAAAAGACAACUUAGUCGAAUAUAUCCCAGAGGGACCCGAGUUAAUUCAAGCAACUUUCUACCUCAAGUCUUCUGGAACAGUGGCUGUCAAAUGGUUGCAUUGAACUUUCAAACUUUAGAUUUAGGAAUGCAAUUAAAUUUGGGUAUUUUCGAAUACAAUGGCCGAAACGGUUAUUUAUUGAAACCAGAUUUUAUGAGGAGACAGGAUAGAAGGUUCGAUCCAUUUACGGAAUCGACUGUAGAUGGAAUAAUUGCCGGAACAGUUUCGAUAAAGAUCAUUUCGGGCCAAUUCUUAUCUGACAAACGUGUUGGAACUUAUGUUGAAGUAGACAUGUAUGGUUUACCCGCUGAUACAGUUAGACGGAAAAGAACAAAAAUUGUUCCAAAUAAUGCUUUAAAUCCGAUUUAUGAUGAAGAACCAUUUGUAUUCAAAAAAGUAGUGCUGCCUGAUUUGGCUUGUUUAAGAAUCGCAGCGUUCGAAGAAAAUGGAAAAUUUUUAGGCACACGAAUUUUGCCCUUUGUCGGUUUAAGACCAGGCUAUCGACAUAUUUCUCUACGAAGCGAAUCUAUGCAACCAGUGACCUUGCAAACAUUGUUUGUGCAUAUAACUGUUAAGGAUUACAUUCCUGAUGGUUUAUCAGAAUUGGCAGAUGCUCUAGCAAAUCCGAUAGCUUAUCAGGUGGAAAAACAUGCGAAACAGUUGUUGUCUUUGAUCGAUGAAGGCGAUGAUGUUGGAGAAGAACCAUACGAUACUACCGUGAACAAGCCGAAUUUAGCUUACUGUUCAGAUUCAAGAUGCGGUGAAGAAAUAACAACUAUGAUAAAUCGACAAUCAUCACAAGCGGAAAUAUCAUUACAUUCUUCAUUAAUGAUGAAAGGAGAUUCAAUAAAUAAGAUGGAAUUAAAUGGAGCUUCAAAACCAUCAUCCAAAGUUUGUUCACCGACACACAAAAUGUCAUUAAUCAGACAAGAUACAUUGAAUCGCAAAAUGAGAAUCGAUGAUGAUCUCAACGUAGAGAAGCUGAGUUCGUCAUUGGAAUCUAAUACGGCACUUUUGGACGCUGAACCGAUCGAGAAAUUGAAAAAAACGAAAAAUAUUCAAAAAAUAUGUACUAAAAUCGAUCGUGAUAUUUUGACGUUACAAAAAAGAUUUGAAAAGUUACGAGAAAAAAUCAAAGAAAACUAUAUUCAAGAAGAGGAUAAAUUGACACCAUUUUCGGAUAAAAACAAAAAGCUGAAUAACAUUUCCAAGAGUGUCAAAAAAAUCGGUUCCAGGAAACAACCAUCAAAUAGUGAUGGUAAAAUAUCUGAAACUGAAUGGAAAAUCAAAAUAAAAGAACUUCAAAAAACAUUUUCAAUCAACAUUUUUAAUUCAUUUAUGGAACAAUACAAAGAAGAAUUCAAAGCGUUCGAGAACAGAUAUGAGCAGUUGUGCAUUGCAUUGGAUAAAGCAAUGGAAGAUUCUCAAAAUUCUCAGAAACAAUAUCUAACUUCAUUACAUGAUAAAGAAGUUGCGGCACUAAUGAAACGGUUAGACUUACAAAACAAAGAAGAAUUGACUGUGUUGAGCAAAUGUCAUAAAGAUAAGAAUGAACUAGCACGAAUCAAACGAGAAUUGCAACAAAAAUUAAUCGAUCAGGCUGUUCAAGAACGACAACGACUACAGAUACUUUUGGAUAAACGAAAAAUCGAACUGGUCGAAAAACAUAAAAAACAAGAACGAAAAUUACAGGAAGAGAAAAAACGAAUGCUUGAAGAAAAACAACAAGAAUGUAAUCAAAAAUCUGAACAUAUGCAAGCACAAUUCAAUCAAUGUGGUGAAUCUUUUUUCGUCAAAAUGUUUGGCAUAGAAGAAUGUCAAACUUGAACAAACCAUUCUUCAUUUAAGUGUGAACCGUUUUAUUUUGUGCUUGUGAGUGUAGCAUUCGACAAUUCUUUGAUUCGAUUCUUCAAACUGCUGCCACUUUUCCUAUUUACAGAAUUCAGGUGCAAACAUAUGCGAAAACUGUCGUGCAUCCAAAAAAAAAAAAAAAACAAUAUACUAUUUCAUACCUAAAUUAAAUGCACCAAAUAUAUUAUCCUGUCACAUGUGAGACGUUGUGCAAUACCAAUCAUGAUGCACUUAAUUAAUCAUUUAUGAGUAAGAAAAACUAAUCAAGCUCAAUUUCUUCUCCAUCGACAAACACUACAAUUUUGAAUGUUUGCAUUUCGUUCAUACACAAGUGUGUGUGUGUGUGUGUGUGACUGAGAAUACAGAAAUUAAAUAAAGUUCGUUGGUGUUUAUUACAUUUGUGAUCAAUCAAAAGAAUUUCCAGUACAAUUGAAUAUUGGCAAAACCAUCAAUCAAUCAAACCAGAUAAAACAUUCUUAUGAUUAUUAUUAUAAUAUCAUCGUACCAUGAUGAUAUUUUUUUUUCUUCGUUUUUAUAUUUUUUCAUUGUUUUUUUUCCAUUGAAGAUUUAACACGUAUUGUCAUUUUGUGAGUGCGUGCAUGUCUGUGUGUUCUUGUGUGUUUGACAUAUUGAUCAAUCUUUUAUAUUAUAGUUGCAACACUCAACAUUCUUUUGUGAUAUUCUCAUCUGAUAGUUUUUGUCUUCUCGAAUAUUCUUCAUUAAAAUUGCAAGAAAAAAUAUUUUUGGACAAUUAAUUUAUACGAGAGAAAACAAUGAUACGAUAUAAAAUGAAGAUUAUUACUACGGUGAUGAACACAAUACAAUUAUAAUUAAUGAAAACAAUAGAAAAAAAACCACGAAGAAUAUAGAACCAAAACAUUCUCAAUUUUUUUUUAAAUAAAUUCAUUCAUGUGUAUCAAUAAUCCAUUUUCUUGACCCUUGUCAUCAUCAUCAUCAUCAUUUUUUUUUCUUAAAAUUUUUUUUGU